AUGGCCAGAACUAAGCAGACUGCCCGUAAGUCCACUGGUGGCAAGGCCCCUCGUAAGCAGCUCGCCUCCAAGGCCGCCCGUAAGGCUGCUCCCUCUACCGGAGGUGUCAAGAAGCCUCACCGUUACAAGCCUGGUACCGUCGCUCUCCGUGAGAUCCGUCGCUACCAGAAGUCCACCGAGCUUCUGAUCCGCAAGCUCCCCUUCCAGCGUCUGGUCCGUGAAAUCGCCCAGGAUUUCAAGUCCGACCUCCGUUUCCAGUCCUCCGCCAUCGGUGCUCUCCAGGAGUCCGUUGAGGCCUACCUCGUCUCUCUUUUCGAGGACACCAACCUCUGCGCCAUCCACGCCAAGCGUGUUACCAUCCAGUCCAAGGACAUCCAGCUCGCCCGCCGUCUCCGUGGUGAGCGCUCUUAG